AGCCGCCAGGGCCACUUGCACCGCAGUCCUUUUAGAGUGGAAUGAGAGAUAAUUCAUUCGGGGCAAGAAGAAGAAGAGACGGCCAAUCCAAUUCAAUGGCGUUUCGUUUGCAAUUUCAUUUCAUCUGCUAAUCACAUUUGCGCUGAGUCUGCUUUCAUUCUCAAAAUUCUGGAUUCUUGCCCGUUUGUCUCUUGAGAAAUUGACACAUAUUUUGUUUGCUUCCGUCUCUGACUGUCCUGUGGUUUCGAUUCGGACCACAGAUAAAGCAAGCUGAAUCCUGAAAAGACCUCCGAAACGUGCACGACACCGACACCGACACCGUUUGACGCGUCGCCCUGCACUUUCCUGGGCUUUCUUCCCCUCUCUCUUCCUCUCUCUGCCUUUCGCACAGUACCCUCUUGUCCAACUGUAAUUAUUUAUUGUUUUUUGCCAAAUAAUUUCUGUGGAAGAGCAGUUGAGACUCGAGAGGGCCCGUAGGUAUAAAAUUGCCUAUUGUUGCGCAUACACACACACAGAGGCAACGGCAACAGCAAUCGGCUGUGAAUGCACUAAGCAUUGUGUGGACUGAAGGAGGCAAAUGGAGUCUCUGAUUGUUGGGUCUAUUGCAAGACCGCCGCCUUGUCGUUUAUUUCCAGUUGCAGCAGAGUUUCCUCCACUAAGAACUGGCUCUUGCAUAGCUGUACAAGUUUCAAGGCAAAGAGCAUGGAAUAUCUUAGAUAUGAGGGUGCAGAGGCAGCUUUUGGUGCAUCAUGUUGGGGCUGGUCAUGAAAGACAUGCAUUCCAUCAGUCACAAAAAAAGAAGUUUGUGGCAAGUGCGGCCUCUGAACAGCCUCUUGAAUCUGACCCUGGCGCUUAUCAUGACAAUAACCCUUGGAAAUCUGUACCAGAUGCCUUUGAUGCUUUCUACAGGUUUUCACGGCCUCACACAGUUAUAGGAACGGCAUUGAGCAUAAUUUCAGUUUCUAUCCUUGCAGUGGAGAGGCUGUCAGACUUUUCUCCGUUAUUUUUCACUGGGGUGAUGGAGGCAAUUGUUGCAGCCCUUUUGAUGAAUAUUUAUAUUGUUGGUUUGAAUCAGUUGUUUGACAUAGAAAUAGACAAGGUUAACAAGCCAUAUCUUCCAUUAGCAUCAGGAGAAUAUUCUGUAGCAACUGGUGUUGCUAUUGUCUCAUCUUUCGCCAUUAUGAGCUUUUGGCUUGGGGGGAUUGUUGGUUCACCGCCACUGUUUUGGGCUCUUUUCAUCAGUUUUGUACUUGGAACUGCAUAUUCAACCAAUCUGCCACUGUUGAGAUGGAAGAGAUUUGCUUUUAUUGCAGCAAUGUGCAUCCUUGCUGUACGAGCAGUAAUUGUUCAGAUUGCAUUCUUUCUGCACAUGCAGACCUAUGUGUUCAGAAGACCGGUUGUCCUUUCGAGGCCUUUGAUAUUUGCUACUGCAUUCAUGAGCUUCUUCUCAGUUGUUAUAGCAUUAUUUAAGGACAUACCCGAUAUUGAUGGAGACAGGAUAUUUGGUAUCAGAUCAUUUACUGUCCGGCUGGGUCAAGAGCGGGUGUUCUGGAUUUGUAUCUCUCUCCUUGAAAUGGCAUAUUGUGUUGCUGUGUUAGUGGGAGCAGCCUCUUCUUGCCUCUGGAGCAAAUGCCUGACGGUUUUGGGCCAUGUGAUAUUGGCCUCAAUCCUUUGGAGCCGUGCCAAAUCUGUUGAUUUGAAGAGGAAAACUGCAAUAACAUCUUUUUACAUGUUUAUAUGGAAGCUCUUUUAUGCGGAGUACUUGCUCAUACCGUUGGUGAGGUGAAAUGUGAAGAACUCGGCUGGGAAAGAUGUUGCCAUUCCCGCUCUCCCCAUCCUUCUUGUGCCGUGGCUUUUGUUAUAUGGUUGGUAUAUUGCUACCGUAAGAUGAGCUAUGAGAUUGUAUUCGGUAUAGCUCACUGUGUUGUUGAUCCGUAGUGAAAUGAGUGCCUUUGCCUCUCUCAAUCUCUCUUCCAAAUUGAAUUGCAUGCCCUGCUUGAAUUUGAUUGUAUGAAGACCCCAGCAGGCCAUCUUAUAAGGCCGCUGCAUGAUGUCCUUAAACAAUUCCAAAACAAACAAAUCUCCUGCAUUACAUGGAACAUAUUUUGAAGGCUCGAGUUCAAUUGCCA